AUGUCUCACUGCCACGACGAGCAUGACCACGGCCACGGCCACGAUCACGGCGAGCACGACCACUCCGACGACAUCACGCCCGCGCUGCAGUCCUCGCUGUACGAGCAGAUCAACUUUGACGAAAUAACGACACUCAACGAGGCGCGCAGAGACGCCGGCAAGGCCAUUGUCAAGAAGACGUGGGCGGAGCGGCUGAGCCAGGAUCCGGAGCUGGAGAGUGACGCUGAUGAGCAGCUUCUCAUGACGGUGCCAUUCACCGCCCAAAUCAAGCUGCACUCCAUCCUCAUCCGCACAUCACCCGCCCUCUCAGCCCCCAAGACGCUGCACCUCUACAUCAACCGCGACGACAUCGACUUCGCCGCCGCCGAGGAGUCCACGCCGGUGCAAGUCCUGGAGCUGUCGCAGACCUCUGAGGUCCAGGAAAUCCCCGUCAAGCGCUCUGCGUUUGGCAGCGUCCAGCGGCUGGUGCUGUUUUUCGUGGACAACUUUGGCGACGGCGACGAGGACGUGUCGCGGAUCAGCUACUUGGGCUUCAAGGGCGAGUGGACGAGGCUGGGCAAGGCGCCGACGAAUAUCAUCUAUGAGGCGGCUGCGCAGCCGGGGGAUCACAAGGUGAAGGGGACGAAUGUGAAUCAGAUGGGGAGCGGGAUUGGGGGGAGGGGGCCGGGAGUUUGA